UCUUGGGAUACAUUUAAGACAGGAGUAAUUGUAUAUUACCUGAGUCUCAAGACAGGAGCACAAUAUGCUAGAAGUGACUUGGAUGCUAUAGUACAGAAAUGGGCAGAGAGAGGAAUUACAAAUAGGGACAAUUUGGGAACAUACCAUCAAGAGUUUACACUCAUAGUAACCUAUUUGACAACUAACAAUAAGCUGUUACCAGAGGAAUCUUGCCAUGUUUUUCUGUGUGUGUUCUGUGGAGCAAUCACAGAAAAGCUGACACAGAAGUUAGAAAUCAAGUAUCUGGACCAUGAGGACAGACUUGUAUACAAUAUUACACAAGUCAUAGCUGUAGUAGGGUUGAUCCUCAGAGGAUCUACACUCACAGCAGUUAGUAGAUCAGAUACACUUGCAAGUCAGUCUGUAAUUCUAGUCAAACAGGAGGAAGUUAAUUUGACAAGUAUUGUGGAAGCACUUUAG